GAUGGUGAAAUUAAGUCAUUUUGAAUCAUGAGGUUUGCUGUCAGCUGACGGACGUUGCAUGUUAACUUUGUUGCGAUUAUUGCAUGAAUCACUGAGAUUUAUGUCACUCUGGCUAGCUGUAACAACUGGGGCUUUAUGUACCUUUUUACCUUUAUCAAUAAAUAUUCUAGAUUAAUUUGAGGGAUUUAAAUUGCUGAACUUGCUCUGUAACAAUCCAUGGAUUCAUGUGUGUCACUGAUUUGAAAAAGAAAAAAAAAGAGAUUUUCUACAGAGUUUUUGCUCUUUAUGUAAUCUGACCGCACUCAGCAUAAUCUCUUGGGCUUCAUGUUGGAAGAUCAGUUUAGAUCAUGUUCCCUCUCAUGGCCUCUAGGGGGCCAGGACGGGAAGUCCUUCAGUUUCGUUUCUUCUGCGGUUAGAGAGCUUCUUCACUCAGCUCUACCCCAUCGGCACCAAAGACCUGCGACUUAUUAAGGAGGCUGAAAGUUGAAUUUUACCUAAAAGUUGUGACCAGCACCUCAGAUGUCUACGCUGAACUCACUGCUCUCCAAGAACCAGCAGAGAACAAUCUGCUCUCAGCUGGGAAGUGUCAAACUGAAGCUGCUCUAUAAAGCCACGGUCCACGGCUUUACUGGUGCUGCCUUCCACCAGCGAUGUGACAACCAGUCACCCACUGUGUCUGUGGGCUACAAUGCCUCUGGUUACGUGUUUGGAGGCUACACCAAGCAACCUUUUAGUCAGUCUGGGCAAUAUAUGAAUGAUGACCAGGCUUUUAUUUUUGGUUUGGCUGGUGGAAACCUCCAAAAAUAUCCAGUUACAAAUUCUCCAUAUGCCAUCAAAAUGAUUGCCAACUGUGGUCCUUAUUUUGGAGAAUCCCUGGUUCUGAUUAACGGAAGCCAACCAGUGACUUACAGCAAUCCACAAAGUUAUUACAAGUUCAAUCCUACACAGAUGCACGGCAAUGACCUUAAUCUGACUGAAUGUGAAGUUUACCUGGUGGAGGAAUCUACUGAACUUGAGAAGCCGUGGAGGAAUGUCAUUUGGGAAACUGGGAAAAGAAAGGAGCUGAUGGAGAGCAUCAAAAACUACAAGCCCCCUGUCAGUUCUGUGUCCCAGGCUCGGGUUUUACUCAUUGGACAAGUUGGAGCUGGAAAGUCCAGCUUCUUCAACUCCAUCAACUCUGUAUUCAGAGGCCAUGUCACCAGCCAGGCCAUCUCUGGCUCUUCCCCCACCAGCCUCACCACUCAGUUUCGAACCUACUCUGUGCGAGAUGGACGAGGAGGCAAACCUCUGCCAAUCACCCUGUGUGACACCAUGGGACUGGAGGACAGCAUAGGGGCAGGGCUUGAUGCCGAUGACAUCAGCAGCAUCCUCAAAGGACAUGUGCCGGACUUUUACCAGUUCAACCCCACUGCUCCUCUGCAUGCUGAGGUUCAGGGCUAUCGCAAGUCUCCAGGUGUCAAAGACAAGAUCCACUGUGUGGCUUAUGUUAUUGAUGCCUGCAAGGUCUCCAUUAUGCCCACAAAGCUAGAGGAGAAGCUGGAAGCCAUUCGCAGAAAGGUCAACCUUUUGGGGAUUCCUCAGCUGGUGCUGCUCACUAAAGUCGAUGAAGCAUGUCCUUUGGUGAAAGAGGAUCUGAGAAAGGUCUACAAGAGUGGAUACAUCCAGGAAAUAAUGCAGGGCGUCAGCACCAAGGUGGGCGUGCCGCUGUCCUGCGUGGUUCCAAUAAAGAACUACAGUGGGGAGCUGGAGCUGGACUUGAACUGCGACAUCCUGCUGCUCAGCGCCAUCAUCCAGAUGUUUCGCUUCGCCGAUAACUACUUCGACGAGCUCAGCGACCGACUCGGCAGCACUGAGUUGAAAGAUUAAGAAUCAAAACCUGUGAGAAAAAGCUCAGGCUUAUCUGCAGGUUUUAUCCACAGUCACACAUUUACCUAGAACAGCCACUGCAUUUUACAUCCAAAAAAAAAAAAAAUGAAAUCUGCAAUAGGGCAAAUAGUUUUUCACUGCCACAAAUGUGGAUAAAGGGCAGAAAUGAAGUAAAAUGUAGUAGAUUUACCUCAGUUUGCCUGUAUGAAAGUCCUUUGAUAUUUCAUUUUCUUUUUGAAAAAUUAGCACUUUAUGUUUUACAUUAAUAUUUUUGUUAGUUUCCUACCAUUUCUUGCUUUAAAAGCACACGUAUUGCUCAUUUAUACAGUGUGCUUUUGCUACAAAACAUGGUGAGACAUAUGAAGAUAUGGGAUAAAGGAUUGGAACAUGUUGAAGAUGCACUAAGCUCUUGUACUUUUGCCAUAAUUUUAUUUCUUCUUUUGAUUCACACACAAGUUUUUAUAUGUUAAGUGUUUACAUCACCAAAGUAUUGUUGCCGUUUACAGUUCAAGUUGUGUAGUUAUAAUUUUUUAAGUUUGGUAUGUUGAUUUCAGUAUGAGUGCUCUCUUAUUGUCCAAAAACAAUAAGAAAGCAUUAAACUCUAUGCUUGCUUUGUUUCCUAUCAAAAUUCAAUGAGAGUUCUAAAGAAACUGGGCAUAUCUGCGGAUCUCAUUUAUUUUCCCUGCAAUGCAUGGUCACGUCAUAUCGUACACUUUCAUGUAGAUUAUGAAGAAACAAAGACUUAAAAAGUGGGUCCUCUUCAGGACCUGGAGAAUUACAUCCCUGAUAAUAAACGUUCAUAAGCGAUA